UUGGAUACUGGAGUAUUCCGGUGGGCUGGCGUUCUGUGACUGUGUGCCGGGCUCCGGCUUCUGCGCGCUACGAUGCAGGUCUCCAGCCUCAACGAAGUGAAGAUUUACAGCCUUAGCUGCGGCAAGUCUCUUCCGGAGUGGCUUUCUGACAGGAAGAAGAGAGCACUGCAGAAGAAGGAUGUCGAUGUUCGUAGGAGAAUUGAACUUAUUCAGGACUUUGAAAUGCCUACUGUGUGUACUACUAUCAAGGUGUCAAAAGAUGGACAGUAUAUUUUAGCAACUGGAACAUAUAAGCCUCGGGUCCGGUGUUAUGACACCUAUCAGUUAUCCUUGAAGUUUGAAAGGUGCUUGGAUUCUGAAGUUGUCACCUUUGAGAUUUUAUCAGAUGACUAUUCAAAGAUUGUCUUCUUACAUAAUGACAGAUACAUUGAAUUUCACUCACAAUCAGGCUUUUACUACAAAACCAGAAUUCCCAAGUUUGGCCGAGACUUCUCUUACCACUAUCCAUCCUGUGACUUGUACUUCGUAGGUGCAAGCUCUGAAGUUUAUAGAUUAAACUUAGAACAAGGACGGUACCUGAAUCCUCUCCAGACGGACGCCGCGGAGAACAAUGUUUGCGACAUAAAUGCAGUGCAUGGCUUGUUCGCCACAGGAACAAUAGAGGGUCGAGUGGAAUGCUGGGAUCCAAGAGUCAGAAAAAGGGUUGGCGUGUUAGACUGUGCAUUAAAUAGUGUCACAGCAGAUUCAGAGAUAAACAGCUUACCCACCAUCUCUGCAUUGAAGUUUAAUGGAGCCUUGAGCAUGGCUGUUGGAACAUCCACAGGGCAGGUGUUGUUAUAUGAUCUUCGCUCAGAUAAGCCAUUGCUAGUUAAGGAUCACCAGUACGGGCUGCCCAUCAAGUCAGUGCAUUUCCAGGAGUCACUGGAUUUGGUUUUGUCUGCAGACUCCAGAAUUGUCAAAAUGUGGAACAAGGACUCUGGGAAAAUAUUUACUUCGUUGGAGCCGGAACAUGACCUUAAUGAUGUUUGCCUCUAUCCCAGCUCAGGAAUGCUUCUCACUGCCAAUGAGUCUCCCAAGAUGGGCAUUUACUACAUUCCGGUUUUGGGUCCUGCUCCCAGGUGGUGUUCCUUCCUGGACAACUUGACAGAAGAAUUAGAAGAGAAUCCAGAGAGCACAGUGUAUGAUGAUUACAAAUUUGUCACCAAGAAAGACCUUGAAAAUUUAGGGCUCACACAUCUCAUUGGAUCACCUUUCCUCAGAGCAUACAUGCAUGGGUUUUUCAUGGAUAUCAGACUCUACCACAAGGUGAAAUUGAUGGUCAAUCCAUUUGCUUAUGAAGAAUAUAGGAAAGAUAGAAUUCGACAGAAGAUAGAAGAAACACGUGCACAGAGAGUCCAAUUAAAGAGCCUCCCUAAUAUCCUCACGGAUGAUCGAUUUAAAGUUAUGUUUGAGAACCCCGACUUCCAGGUGGAUGAGGACAGUGAAGAGUUCAGGCUUCUCAAUCCACUUGUCUCGAGGAUUAGUGAGAAGAGGAAGAAGCAGCUGAGACUCUUGGAGCAGCAGGAGCAGCAGGAGCGUCUCAAGAAGGAAGAGGAGGAAGAGCCGGAAGGAAAACCCAGUGAUGCAGAAAGUUCAGAGAGUUCAGAUGAUGAAAAAGAUUGGGUUGAAGAAGUCAGGAAGCAGCGCAGACUCCUGCAGCAGGAAGAAAGAGUGAAGCGGCAGGAGCAACUGAAGGAGGACCAGCAGACGGUCCUGAAGCCCCAGUUCUAUGAGAUCAAAGCAGGCGAAGAGUUCAGGAGCUUCAAAGAGUCUGCCACCAAGCAGAGGCUGAUGAACAAAACUCUGGAAGAUCGUUUGAAACUUGAAGCAAAACAUGGAACAUUGAAUGUAUCGGACACCACUGUUGGCAGCAAGCAGUUGACAUUUACUCUCAAGAGGUCUGAACAGCAAAAGAAGCAACAAGAGGCCGAAAAGCUACAUCGCCAAGAGAGGAAAAAGCUGCGUAGAUCUGCCAGCCACCUGAGGUCCAGACCCAGAAGAGGCCGGCCCUUUCACUGACCAAAGACAUGUGGCUACGAGCAACUAGGAAGCUGUGCUUCUCCCCCGGGUUCUCACAAGGGCACCGUUCCCAGGCAAGGGGAUGUGGCAGUUAAAGCUCCAUGUGGACAUGUGUCAUGGUGCUGCUGGUCUGACUGGCCCACUACCCGGCUCAAGGAGUCCCUGCCCCCUUAAAUAUUGUCUUCUCCCCUGCUGUUGAUCAGGGAAAGCAGGCAUCAUUUCCAAUAUUGGAAAGGUCUACAUGAAAUGAAAAGUUUAUCCUCUGCUGAAAACAAGAGAUUAUCAUGUUGUAAAAAUGGUUUGGGUUUUAGAUUUUGUUUGUUUGGGAGGGGGUUGUUUGUUUGUUUGUUUGAGACUUGAGACAGUGUUUCUCUGUGUAGCCCUGGAGUUCCUGG